AUGGCCCCACGCUCACAGCUUGAAAUUACCACGGCCUCAGUGCAGCGCCUGGUUAAGGAAGAGGGGUCGUACCGCCGUGAGCUGGAGCAGCAGAAAGAGAGAAUCCAAAAGUUGGAAGCGCAGGACCCCAGCGCGGACGAGAACCGAGAUUACAUGCUGAAUCAAGAGCGUCUUGCACUGGCGGAGACAGAGAGAGUCUUUCCAAGCCUUAAGCAGAAGAUCGAAGAAGCCAUUGCCAAGCUCGACAGUCUACUGGUCGAGGAAGGAAAGAAAGGCGCCGAAAGCAAUGUCGAGCACAUCAAUGCCGCUAAAGAAGCCAUCGCGAGUGCCAGAGUUGCUGAGCGAGAGAUCGCGUGA